CGUUAUGCUCUGCCGGCUGGUGUCCCGGGGCAGAAAUGGCGCUAAACUGGUGGCACCUCUUGGGUGCCUGGCUUCCAGGCAAAAGCACACUCUUCCUGACUUGCCUUAUGAUUAUGGGGCCCUGAUGCCUCACAUUAGUGCUGAAAUCAUGCAGCUUCACCACAGCAAACAUCAUGCUACUUAUGUGAAUAAUUUGAAUGUUGCAGAAGAAAAAUACAAAGAGGCCUUGGCCAAAGGUGAUGUUACAGCUCAGGUGUCUCUUCAACCAGCUCUGAAGUUCAAUGGUGGAGGUCACAUCAAUCACUCUAUCUUCUGGACAAACCUUUCUCCAAAUGGUGGAGGGGAGCCUAAAGGGGAGAUAAUGGAUGCCAUUAAGCGAGAUUUUGGCUCCUUUGCAACCUUUAAGGAGAAAUUGACAGCUGUAUCGGUUGGUGUCCAAGGCUCAGGAUGGGGAUGGCUUGGUUUUAAUAAAGAACAAGGUCGACUGCAGAUAGCUGCCUGUUCCAAUCAAGACCCUCUCCAAGGAACCACUGGCCUUGUUCCGCUGCUAGGGAUUGAUGUGUGGGAGCAUGCCUAUUAUCUGCAGUAUAAAAACGUUAGACCAGACUAUCUCAAAGCUAUCUGGAAUGUGAUCAACUGGGACAACGUAGCUUCAAGAUAUGCUGUUUGCAAAUAGUAGGGCAAGAACAGCUGCUCAGAGU